AAACAGAGGGAGAAAACAGAAAAAGUAAGUGUGUGUCUGUGUGAGAGAGAGAGAAAGUGAGAGAGAUGAAGCUGUUAGGAUGGUGGUUGAUGCUAGUGGGCACACUUCGCCUUGCAUCGGUAUGGUUCGGUUUCUUCGACAUUUGGGCUCUUCGUCUCGCUGUUUUCUCCAAAACGACCAUGUCAGAAGUUCAUGGGAGGACAUUUGGAGUGUGGACUCUUCUAACCUGCACUCUUUGCUAUCUUUGUGCAUUUAACCUUCAUGACAGGCCUUUGUAUUUGGCAACCUUGUUAUCAUUCGUCUAUGCCUUCGGUCAUUUCUUGACAGAGUUCUUGAUCUAUCAGACAAUGGAAAUAAAAAAUCUGGUUACUGUUGGUAUAUUUGCAGGCACAUCUAUAGUGUGGAUGUCGUUGCAGUGGAAUGCACACCAACAGAUUAAAACUAAGAGUCCAUAAAAGUGAAUCAAUAGCAGUGGUUUGAAGCAGAUUUUUCGGACGUUAUCCCUUUUGGCCUAUGCCUUUGCUGCUGUAAUUUAAGGCAGAGUUUUAGGUGGCGGAACAUGCUUUUCUGGUUGGCUAUGAAAGAAUCUUUCAUUAAACUUCUUGGCCUCAAUUUUCUCAUUGUAUUUCUCAAUGCCAGCUUUUCUUCUGAUUGGCUUUUGGAGCAAUGCGACGGAUUUCGUGUGUCUAGACUUUGUCUACGGAUUUUUUGGAAUAUUUUUCAAAACAUGGAAUGUCAAAAAACUUUUUUCUACUACUAUAUUAUUUACAUGGUC